ACCCGACGUCGAGGUCUGUUGUUUCAGCCUUUUCUUCCCUGUGAACGUCUGGAGGAGUAUCUUCUCUGUAGGCUGUUUCUCUGUUUCGUUCUUGCUUGAAAUCUUGUUCUUGUUUGUUAAUUAGCAUUAUAAAUAUACAUCCGUCACCGGGAUGUCCGUCACUGUCGCCCUUACAACGAGGGAAGGCAUGUAGAUCGUACCCACGGCUCUUCGUUACCACAUCUUCUUACUCUCCAAUUCUCACACCAUCUGCAACAAACGGCCUAGCGCUACGAUCUGUCUCAAAGAGCCUCACCAGUAGCCUGCGCUGCACUGGUAGACGAAAAGCAGCCCUGGGGCCGCCCACCUCGUCUGCCUGUAUCUUCUAGAUACAUUCCAUUCCUUUGCAAAUCAUGUCCCUCAAAACCGACACGACUAUUCGGCGACGACUGGGACGAUCACAACAACGAGCUGCUGCUCACGUUGACAGAAGGAGAUAUUCCGCUGGGCGGGAUAUCCAGUACCGACGACGAGAAACAUCGCCGCCUAUUUUUGGAACAGAACCUCCAGAUACAGUGAUCGUCAUCACUCAGGUCAGAACGUUACCAACAGUAACGAUUUCGAGAACUACUUCUCGAUCUACUACCAGACGUUCUACUUCCACUUCCAAGUCAUCCUCCUCCUCAUCGUCCUCGCAAUUAUCGACUUCAUCUUCAUCCCCUCCGUCUCCCACGACGACCACUUUCCUACCACCCGCAACAACAACCAAUCCUACCAGUCCGUCCGUGUCAAGUAGUUCUUCACCAACUCAAAGUUCCGAGAACUCCAACUCUCCAAAUCCCUCGGCCAAUGGAGGACUGAGCAGUGGUGCCAUAGCUGGAAUCGCAAUCGCCGUAGUAAUCAUUCUCGCUGCCCUCAUUGCAGUCCUGGUACGAAGGAGAAUGAUGGCAAACAGAGCUGAGAAGAGAACGAAUUGGCUCGACAGAGCUGGCUUCACAGGACCUCCACCCGUCCCCUUCAUGGCUCAAUCUACCAACCCACCCUACUUCCCACCACCGCCUGCACCAGAACCAUACGACUAUGGAACUCCCAGGUUAUCGUACUCGCAGCCAGUUCCACCACCACCAGCAGCAUCCAAUGUCGCGUUAAAUCCAAAUCGUCCUGCUAGUUUAGUCCCAGGAAGACGAACCACCGAGUUCUCACCCGGUCUUUAUUCAGCGGCGUCAUUCCAAAGCAGUGCCGUGCCGAUUUCUGUUCCAGUUGUUCCACCACCGCCGCCGCCGCCGCCUCCCCCUCCCGUUCCAGCGGCAGCAGCAGUUAGCAACCGCAACCGCAACCCUCUGGAAGGAUCAAGAUCAACUGCCAACAACGGGUUAACAGUCCGAUGUACAUUCAUCCCUUCAAUGUCGGAUGAACUACCUAUCUCAACCGGAGAGACUAUUGGAGUGUUACAAGAAUUUGAUGAUGGGUGGGCUUUGUGUGUGAAUGGGUUUGGUCAACAGGGGAUGGUGCCUAUGGAGUGUUUGGAGGUGCCGGUGAGUCCGGGUCCGGGUCUGGGUGAUAGGUUGGGGAUGAAAAGGUCUAGUAGUUUGAGUGCAAGGUCGUGAAUGAAUAUACCACGUAUGUACUAGGGACUACUGCUGCUGCUGCUGGUUUUUUUUUUGGUUCGGUUUUUCGUCUCGUUUUUUUUUUACAUUCACUUGCAGUCUAUACACCACUGUCUUGUUCUCUGUUUUCACUUUUACGCCUUUGACUCUGAGAGCAUUUGCGUAUUUUUUUAUUAUUCUGUAUUAUUCUUUUGUGUUGGACGGAAAUCUAUUGUGGCAGUGAAAAAUUGAAAUUGAAAGAGUGAAACGCCUCUACAAACCGAGAGAUUUGAUAGCAAUCAUGUCACCAAAUACAUC